AUGACGUCCGAACCGUCUGAGGAAGCUAUCGCUAGCUUCACAAGCAUAACGAACACGUCUCGGGAGCAAGCUAUCAGCUUCCUAAAGGCCAACGAUCUUGAUGCAAGUAAAGCCAUCAAUGCGUACUUCGAAGACCCUACCGGCCCGCAACUAUUACAGCCUACAACAUAUCAAAAUGAAUCUACCGCGUCAGCGUACCAAAUCGAACACUCCGACGCCGUCCCCGUCUCCCCCAACCUCAUUCCUCCGUCGCGCCCUCCGUCCGCCAUGAAUAUGAAAGACAACACACACGCGCCCGAGUUACCGCCUCCACAAGUCACCACGCAGGACACGAAGGAAACCUCGGAUAAUGGCCUGACACUGGCGGAGCAGGAGGAACGACAACUCCAGCAGGCGGUAGCUAUGUCCUUAAACCAAAACCUCGGACAGCAAGAGACUGGCGUCACAAGUUCAAAUCAAAAAUUUGGCCGUGCGACGCGGGAUCAUUACGACGAGGGCGCUUGGGCAAUGACGCUGUUCAACUCCAGCUCCCGCGAGAUCAUCAUCAGCCCGGAUCCGGUUGACCGCAAGAGACAGGCGAGCGAACCGGCUUUUAUCCGUCCAUCUCAGGAUGCCCUACAUCUGAGCGGGCUCUUGACGAUUCUGCACUCCAUACCACUAGCCCGCGAGGCUCUCUUACUGCGGAACAAGGCUCUUUCGAGCUACGGGCAUGAUGCGCAAUGGUGGAAUGGACAACCAAUCAAUCUUCCCAAAGUUGUGACGAUUCACGAAGCACAAGACGGCGACACCGAUUGGGAUGAUAUCCUACACGAAGCCCAAAGGACCAUGGCCUUUCUGGACUCCACAACCCGCGCUUUUGGUAGCGCGGACGCUCUAGCCGGCCUGAAGAGCAUGUCUACAUAUGAUGCGGAGGGCAGCGUUAGCAGAUUUCUCGAGGCGUGGCAGGAAUCGGCCGUGCGAGCCGAUCCCGGAAAUCCAUUGACGACCGUGUUCAUGUCCAUGGCGUAUAAGCGGCCUUUGGCGCCAUACGACACGCCGAUUGAUAAGGAGUUUUAUACCCUAGAGCCGUACGUAGAGUCUGUCCACGGGCAAACGCUCUACGAUGUGCUGGACGGUACUAUGUGGGCCGACAGCCCUGGAGAAGAGCUUGACGAUGUGUGGCUGGAACAUAUCGCCGAUAUCCUGGUAGUCAGGUUGGACAACACCGACUCAGCAGCGAAAGCAGCGGACGUGAAGGUUCCCGCAACUUUUUAUCCAGACCGGUAUCUCGCCAGCUGCCGAGACAUCUCACGCGACUAUCGCGUACAACGACUGGAAGUCCGCGAGGACAUUGUUAGACUACAACAUAUCAUGGACCGUCUUUCGGCGCCGAAGGGCUUGGCUAAAGGAUUUACCUCGCAGAAGGUGCUUGAAAAGGCAGCUGAUGCUGCGGCAAUACUGGGCCCUAAGGGCACUUCAGGCGACGACGCUAUAUCAACAGCAGAACCAGGCGCCGAUGUGCAAAAGUUGGCUGCGGAGCUAAGAGCAAUCUCACAGAAGAUUGAAAGCAAGCUUAAAGAACUGGAGGAACGCAAGCAACAGGCCAUUGAGAGCCUUAGGGGCUCUUCAAAAUUCCUAACGGAGCCAUCGGAUUCGCCGGGCGAACCACCAGUCCACAAGUACACGCUGAGAGGCGUGUGCACAGAGCCCCAUGUGACAUAUGUCCUAAGACGCAGGAUACCAGAUCCUGAAACCCCGCCGUCCGACGACUACGACUGGUGGCGCAUCAGUUUCUCCGUAGACGAUGCGAAGACCCGACAAGCCGAAACGGGGGGCACCAGCUCUGCCCCAAAAGACGCAGACGUGAUUGGAUAUACCGCGCACAAGGUGCGAGAGGUUGAAGUCCUCCGCGCAGCGCGAGAAGAGUCGAAGAACGUCCUACUAGUGUACGCAAAUAGCAACGCCAUGAACUUCAAGGAGGAGCCCGCCCCGCCUACACUUCAAGCCUUCGUAGACGCAGACAACGCCGCAUUCGACGCAGAGCUGCUAGAUUGGGAAAACAACGCAGAUGCAAGACAGCAAGAGCAAGACCAAGAAGUGGACUGGGAACAAACAUUCGGCUCACGGCCCGCUUACCCGUCGCCGUCGAUCAGAGAAGAAGGCACAUCGGAAGACAUUGCCGCCCGCAACGUGAACGUCUUUGACUAUCAAGUCUCGUCUUUUGAUGAUGAUUCGGCUACAGAGCCGGGGCAGGAGAUGCAGGAGAGGGCUGGGAGGCCAUUACUCAGUCAGGGCGCCGUUCAGCCGGGACAGGGACAGGGACAGGAUCGCCAGUCAGCAUGGAAUCAACCUUAG